ACAUUCCAUUUUUCAUUCUAAUUUUGUUUCUCUACACUGACACACUAACCAACACCCACAGUAGAGAAUUUACCCAAAAAUUUAAUAUCUAUUUUGAAUCUCACUUCCUCUCUCACUCACUUUGGUUGGUAUUUCCUUCCUCUGUUUUUUUUCUUCUUUUGUUGCAGUCUUUGGAUCAAAAAGUGAAUGUGAGAAGAAGCCUACAAGUUCAAGGAUCUGUAGUGGAUCAUCAAAGCUUUGCCUUUGAGGAAGAACAAUUGUCAACUCCGAGCUUGCUGCAAGAUACAACAAUUCCAUUUCUACAAAUGCUGCAACAAAGUGAAGAACCUUCUUCGUUUCUGUCCAUCAAAGAACCAAACUUUCUAGCACUACUAUCUCUCCAGACACUCGAAAAGCCUAAUUGGGAAGUCGAAAACUACCUCCCACAUGAAGUUCCAGAGUUUCACUCACCGAUCCAUUCUGAAACUAACAACCACUACUAUCAGAAUUCAUAUUUGGAAGGAGUCAGUGAAGCCAUCUCAGGCCAAGAACUUCUGUUCAACCCACUUCAAAAUACGAAUCCAAGACGCAAACGGAAGAACAACAACAUGGUAACAUCGAUGACCAGAGAAAAGAGAAAGAGAAGGAGAACAAAACCAACAAAAAACAUAGAAGAGAUGGAGAGUCAAAGGAUGACACACAUUGCAGUUGAACGAAACCGCAGACGCCAAAUGAACGUUCAUCUAAACUCACUCCGUUCCCUCAUUCCAUCUUCAUACAUCCAAAGGGGAGACCAAGCGUCAAUAGUAGGAGGAGCAAUAGACUUUGUGAAGAUCCUCGAGCAACACUUGCAAGCCCUUGAAGCCCAAAAGACAACUCAACAGAGUACUGAUAGCAAAGAUGAGAUUCCAGAAGAAGAUAACUACAGCAACAGUCUCAGGGACAUAUCGUCGAACACGUUGCGUGCGAGUAAAGAAGAAGAAGAAGAAGAAACAAGGGGACUCACAAAAAUCGACGCCACAGUGAUAGAGAGUCACGUAAAUCUCAAAAUCCAGUGCACUAGGAAACAAGGACAGCUUCUAAGAUCAAUCAUUUUGCUAGAGAAACUCGGAUUCACUGUUCUUCACCUCAACAUCACAUCUCCAACGAAUACAUCUGUCUCUUAUUCCUUCAACCUCAAGAUGGACGAUGACUGCAAUUUGGGAUCGGCCGAUGAGAUAAAGGCGGCGAUUCGUCAGAUAUUCGACUGAUUGAUUUUAAUUAACACUGAAACGUCCAAAAAGUAACGUUUUUUUUAGCGCAACUUCGUUUUCAAAAGAGUGGAAGAAAAUUAAAUUCGAAAAUUUGGUCGUAUGUAAUUGGAAUCUUCUCGGCA